UCCUGGACAGACGCCCCCAGUCCGGCGCGUGCAGGAUAUGGUAUAAGCGAAACAGCCGCCUCGUGCCUCUCAGUUAGAGCUGCGGCGGCAGCAGUGGUGGCAGCAGCAGCAACGUGCGCGAGAGGCGAACGCGAGGCGAGCGCGAGGGGAGCGCGAGGCAGCGCGCGAUGGAGAGCAGAGCAGCGGCACGCAGCGCGGUGCUCCUCCCGCUCCUUCUGGUCCUCCUGCUCAUGGGAAGCGGGCCGGCGGGGGGCAAGGAGGGCAGGAACGAGCGGGACGGCGGCACGGAGUCGAGCCCGUGCGAAGUGAAAACCGUCACCGUGUCCACCUUGCCCGUGCUGCGCGAGAACGAGUUCAGCUUCACCGGGGGCGCGUCGGGGAGCGCGCCCGGAGGAGGAGGCGGAGGUGGUGGUGGAGGAGGAGGAGGCGGAGGAUCGGGGGAGUCCAGGCUCCUGCUGUUCGUCAGGACGGACCUACCUGGGCGCAUCUCCGUGCUGGAUGACCUGGAUAACACGGCGCUCCCUUACUUCACUCUGGAGAUGUCAGGCCUGGGGUCAGAGCUCUCGCAGGUACACUGGAAGCAGCAGUGGCUCGAGAAUGGGACGCUCUUCUUCCAUGUGUCCAUGAGCAGCGCUGAGCAGCUGCACCAGGCUACAGAGGCACCGGCACGCCAGCCUGCCCACAUCCCGAAUGAGCAUGCACACCUGCUUCAUGUCUCCGUCAUGGGAGGCCUGAUUGCCUUGCUGCUGGUGAUAUUGCUGUUCGCUCUGGUGCUGUACACCCGGAAUCGCUGGUGCCGACGCCGCCGCGCACCCCAGAAGAGUGCCAGCACUGAGGCUACGCAUGAGAUCCACUACAUCCCGUCAGUGCUGCUGGGCCCACAGGGCCGUGACAGCUUCCGCGGUGCCCGACUGCAACCGCACAGCUCUGUCAUCGGUGUGCCUAUCCGUGAGACACCCAUCCUGGAUGACUGCGAUGCUGAGGAUGAUGAGCAGGGUGGCCAGCACUUCGACCAGCUGUCUGAUGGCAAGGUGGAAGAGGACUUCAGCAGCCAGACCACCCACACCAUGGAUGGUCUAGAAAGGGGGCAGGAGAACCACCAAUUCAGCUUGGACAAGAGAGGUCUUGGCCCCGGACAGGAAACAGCGGAGACUUUAAUGCAAACCUACAAGGAGAACUUUGGCAGUGGUACGGCUGCAGAGAUCACACGAUUCCACCACGCUGCACACAGUUCCUCCACUGGAAGGAGGCCACUCAGCCGUUCCCGAGGGAUUGGCAUGUUCGGUCACCCGGGCAACUCAGGUUCUGGGCCGGGCGAAGACACACAGCUGAAAUUCUAUACGGAGCACCGGGGACGCCAGCGUAGCAAAGGUUGCCCGCACAGCCCCGUGAACAAGGCCACAUUAACUGUGAUUACGAUCAGCGCCUGCAUCCUGGCCGUGGUGUAUGGCAGCCAACUGCCCUGCCCCUUGACGGUGAAAGUGAUCCUGCACGUCCCUGAGCACUUCAUCGCAGAUGGGAGCAGCUUCGUGGUGAGCGUGGGCAGCUACCUGGACCUGUCCAACUGGCUGAACCCUGCCAAGCUCACGUUGUACUAUCAGAGCAACACCUCCUCCCAGUGGGUGCAGGACUACUGCGGCCAAAGGACAACGGACCCAUGCGAGCAGCUGUGUGAUCAAGAGACAGGAGAAUGCAGCUGCCAUGAGGGAUAUUCGUCGGACCCCGAGCAUAAGCACCUCUGUGUCCGCACAGACUGGGGUCGCAAUGAAGGCCCUUGGCCCUACACCAAUCUGGAGAAGGGCUAUGACCUGGUGACUGGUGAACAGGCCCCGGAGAAGAUAUUCAGGUCCUCCUACAGUCUAGGACAGGGCCUAUGGCUACCGGUCAGCAAGAGCUUCGUAGUGCCGCCCGUGGAGCUGUCCAUCAACCCGCUGGCCAGCUGCAAGACGGAUGUGCUGGUGACAGAGGACCCCGGCGACGUGAGGCAGGAAGCAAUUAUGUCCACCUACUUUGAGACGAUUGAUGACGUGCUGUCCUCCUUUGGCCCGGUCCGCGACUGCUCCAAGGACAACGGUGGCUGCAGGAAGAACUUCAAGUGUGUGUCAGACCGCAGGGUGGACUCCACGGGCUGCAUGUGUCCCGAAGGCCUGCGGCCCAUGAAGGACGGCUCUGGUUGCUAUGACUACUCAAAGGGCACCGACUGCUCAGAUGGCUUUAAUGGUGGCUGCGAGCAGCUGUGUCUCCAGCAGUUGGUUCCCCUACCUGAUGACCCCUCCUCCAGCAACGUGCUCAUGUUCUGCGGGUGCGUUCAGGAGUACCGCCUGGCGGCAGAUGGGCGCUCCUGCAUCCUGCAGUCCGACGUGUGCGAGGGGCCCAAGUGCCAGCGGGGUAGUGGCGGGGGCGGCAUGGCACGCUUCAAUGACACACUCUUCAAUGAGAUGCUUCAUGGAUACAACAACAAGACGGAACAGGUGAACCUGGGCCAGAUCUUCCAAAUGACCUUCCGAGACAACAACUUCAUCAAGGACUUCCCUCAGCUGGCAGACGGGUUGAUGGUUAUCCCCCUUCCUGUGGAGGAGCAGUGCAGGGGUGUGCUGUCAGAGCCCAUGCCCAACCUGCAGCUGCUUACCGGAGAUGCCCAGUUCAGCGAGGCCAUGGGAUAUCCCAUGCUGCAGCAAUGGAGGGUACGCAGCAAUCUGUACAAGGUGAAGUUAAGUGCCAUCACACUCUCCACAGGUUUCUCCAAGGUGCUGAAGAUGCUGAGCGCAGACACCACGCGGGACGAGAUGCUCUCCUUCAUACAGCAGUACGGGAGCCACUACGUGUCAGAGGCGUUGUAUGGGUCCGAGCUGAGCUGCACUGUCUACUUCCCCAGCAGGAAGGCCCAGCAGCAGCUGUGGCUACAGUACCAGAAAGAGACCACGGAUCUGGGCAGUCGGCGGGAGCUCAAGUCCAUGUCCUUCAUCACCUACCUGUCCGGCCUUCUGAAAUCCACCCCACCACCAGAGGACCCUGUCUACGGGGUAGAGGUCCGCUGCGAGGAGAAAGGCGGCUGCCCUGCUGCAUGCCACCUGUGCCGCCAGCCAGGCCGCGAGCUGCCCAGUCCCACGCCAGUGCUGCUGGAGGUCAGCCGUGCGGUGCCUCUCUACAGCCUGAUACAGGACAACAGCACCAGGGAGGCCUUCAAGAGCGCCACGAUGAGCUCAUACUGGUGUGCUGGGAAGGGCGACGUCAUCGAGAACUGGUGCCGCUGUGACCUGAGUGCCUUCAGCAAGGACGGCCUGCCCAACUGCAGUCCACUGCGCCAGCCCGUGCUCCGUCUGGCCUCACAUCUCGAACCAUCUAGCACCAUGGUGGCCCUGGAGUGGGUGGAUGUAGAGCCAUUAAUCGGCUACAAGGUCUCCGACUACAUCAUCCAGCACAAGAAGGUGGAGGACCCCUCGGAGGCUGAGAUCUACACUGGGGAGGUGUUGAGUUUCGUCGAUGACCUGCUGUCAGGGUUGGGGUCCUCAUGCGUGGUGCCAGGGAGACGUAACAACGAGCACCCCCAUGGCUCUGUCUACACGCUGAUCUUCAAGUGCCUAGAGUCAGACAGCCUUUAUAAGUUUACUCUGUAUGCGCUGGACAGCCGUGGAGGGCGCUCAGAAUCCAGCUUUGUUUCUGUCAGGACCUCAUGUGCUGUGGUGGACGACAGCACUGCAGAAGAGAUUGCAGACAAAGUUUACAACCUGUACAAUGGUUAUACAAGCGGCAAGGAGCAGCAGACGGCAUACAACACUCUGAUGGAGAUUUCACCUCCAAUGCUGUACCGUGUGCAGCACCACUACAACUCCCACUAUGAGAAGUUUGGGGACUUUGUGUGGAGGAGUGAAGAUGAGCUUGGGCCCAGGAAAGCGCACCUGAUCAUGCGAAGGGUGGAGCGGCUCAGCCGUUACUGCAGAGCUCUUUUGCGCAGCGCCCACAUCCAAGGUCGAACGGACACAGUGCCCUAUGUGGCCUGCCGCAGCGAGGAGGCCCGGCCCAUGGAGGCACUGUGGCGCAGCUCCCUGCAUGAGACUCGCCUAUCCUGCGUGGAGAAGCUGGCCUCCGUGCGUCGCAACACGUACAGCAAUGCCAAGCUGCGGUGAAAGACGCAUCCAUCUGUCCAUCUCGCUGACCACCCCUCCCUGGCCUCCUUCCUCUGACAUUUCAACUCAGCUUAGUGCUCUUUUCUACCAAAACAAAAGGUACGGCAGACCCACAGAGCUUAACAUGUGCUGACUCAUGUCAGCUGACCUUCUUGAAGGACUUGCAGGCAGCAAGACAAACUGGUUUAAGGAAACACUGAUCCACCUUUUGGUGUUAAGUAGAGAACUGCAAAGACAUGAGGUACAAACAAGCAUGUAUACCUUCCUCUAGCCCACAAUGCAGUGGUCGUCGAAGGACCUCACCAGAGCCCAAGUGAAAGGUUCACGGUGCUUCAGCUUCUCUGGUGUUGAAGAACAUACAUUGGACCAGCAAGCAGGAACGACCAACCAUAAUGGACUCUUUUUGUCACAGGGCAGAGCAGGAGGCGAUGUCGCCGGGGCAACAAUGUUUCUUUUUAAUUGUAAUACUUGAAUCUGCCACCACAGACAAUUUAAUAACCAAGAUAUAGUCUUUAUACUGCCAACCACAGAAGAGCCAUUUGUGUCGAGUGAUGAUGUUGUCUGAAGUAAAGUGUAGUUUUCAAGUAUAAUUGGCUGGUUCUAAAUGUUCAGUAAAAAGCUUUUUUUUAUGGUUUUCCUGCAUUCCCCCCUGCCCGCUUCCUCCAGGUUGGUCAAACAACGAGCUAAAUUGGCCACAGUAAAACAAUAUGGA